AUCCUAUAAUAAGGGCGAGGUUCGAGUUGCCUUCAGUGUGAGUCAUGAUGUAAAUAAAAGUGAAGUAGCGAAAGACUCGGAGCUGGAGACGAAAGACAGAGGAGAAAAGUUGCUUUUUGUACAGUAUUUACGUGAUAUGUGGGAAUGUCACUUCUAAAGUGGAUCUGAAUUACUUAAUAAUCUCGUAACAACAACAACAACAACAACAACAAAAGUUGGGACCGCAACUUGGUCGCUUCCUGCGGGGGAUUUCUGUCACUUUCAGGCCUCAGCUGCUGCUGCGCCCUGUGUUUAAAUCCCCAGGCCAUCGCUGCCGAGUUUGAGCGGAUCUCUCUGUCCGGAUGAAUGGUCAACUGGCCCUGAAAGCUCUGCUGCUGUCUUUCUGCCUGACGCUGCUGACCUUCCGUGCAGCCGCUGGAAGGAAAGAAGUGUUUGGUGUCAGAGGUUCAUCCAUUUUACUGGACCCUGACUACACAGAUGAUCUGACCCACCGUGCUAUUGUAUGGGCGUUCAAUGGCAGCAAUAGACGUCUGGUUAAUAUUGUGGAUUACGUACCAGGCUAUGACAAAGCAGAACCAAGUAAACAAUUCCAAUCCCGCUUGCUUUAUAAUCCAUUAAAUGGGUCUCUAUUGUUAAAGAACCUACAACCCCGUGACCAAGGGAUUUACACCUUUAUUGUGGAUGACAUUUGGAAAAUGAGUGCAAAUUUAAGACUUAUUGAGCCACUGUCAGGACCACUGAUCACUUCCAAAUCUGUCAAUGCCACCAUCGAACUGACCUGUCAAGUGUCUUUGGGGAGACCAAGUUCCAUUCUGUGGUGGACGGACUCUGACAUGAUAGAGAGUGGCCAACACUAUCAACUGAGGGAUAACAACAGCACGUUGAUCAUUUCUGAAGUCAGCAAAUCGGUCUGCAGAAUCUACUUUUGUUCUGUGGAAAACCCAGUUAGCAAGAAUACCACUUCAUAUUCUGUUGACAGUUUUGGUCUUUUACAAAGUCAUUAUCUCACAAACGGAUUGUCCAUUGCCGCUGCUAGUGCUGCUGCUGCUGUUGUAUUGAUGGAAGUGGUAACCUGCAGAAUUACUUUAUGCUCCAAUGCUGGAAAAUGUCUCCACUUUCUCAAAUAUGGGUUACAAAUCAUGGUGUAUGUGUUUCUUAUCGCACUGUUUGCGUAUUGGAUCACGGUUGGAGAAACGUCUAUAAUCAUGCUGGUGAUGGUUGUAGUUUUGUGUAUGCUGCUAAUCCUGACUGUGUUAUUGAUGAUGGCGUCUUUUGGGAGGUUUAGGAAGACUUUGGAGAGCAAAACUUGGAUUGUGACAGUUCUGGAUGUGUUGGCCAUGUCGGGUAAAAUCACUCUGUUAUGUCUGACAGCAUCCUGCAUUGCAGUAGUCGCUUCAUCAGGCGAUAAAGGAUGUGAACUAGCAGCCAAGCUCCGAUCAAACGUUACUAUUGCUGCCUACGCGUCAAUCGCUUUCCUAUUGGCCCUUAUACUUCACGCUAUAUAUCAGCAAAUAACAAAGUGGUUUAAAAGGAGAUCGAGAAAUCAGCGUCCAGAUCCCUCUGCAAACAACAUGGAUGAGCAGGAGGAAAAUGAACUGAUUGACCUGGGUAAAGUGAAGCUUCCAAUUUGAGAGUACUGUUUCCACUGAAGAAUUACCUUCAAUGGGGGCCACUGUUUCCAGUGACCAACUGUCCAGGAGCACUGUUACAGAUUGAGGGACUGGGACUCUCUCCCUCUUUCCCCCCCCCCCACACCCCCCCCCCACCACCAACGCCCGGUCCUGUUUCAGCUGCAGAGCUAUAGGGAGAGGCAGAUGCUCCUGGAAGCCUCAGGAAAUUUGGGAAAAGAUCCCCAAGCUAUGACCCACAAAAGAUCCAGGAUCAUGCUGUUCCAGGACUUCUCCCCAGCUUUGGUCCGAAAGAGGAAGGCAUUCGAUGAGGCGAAGAAGCGUUUAAGGGACUUAAAUAUCCAGUACUCCUUACGAUAUCCAGCGAUGCUACGCCUUAGCCACGAAGGAUCCAUAUAUAAAUUCGGAUCACCAGAGAAGGCUAAGGAAUUCUUGGACGCUCUUAAAUAAACUGUAAGAGAUUGUGGACGUUGGUCUGCCUUUCCCAUUAUUUUGGUUUACAUCCCUUCAUCUUUUCUUAUCUUUCCCCCUAUGUGUGUAUGUGUGUGUAUAUAUUGGGGCGUUUGGUUAAUGUUGUUGGGGGGAGGUGGUUAUUUUAUUCUAUUUUACUUCUGUCUUUAGGAGCGGGGUUGUUUUUCUUUCCCCUGUUAUUUUGUUAUUAUAUUUAAGUAUUAAGUAUUGAGAUUGUAAUCUUAUAUUUAUAUAUUUAUAUAUGGUAUUAAUAUUCCCAAAUGUAUUUAGAUGUGGGUGGGGGUGGGGUGUUCAUUGUUAACUCUAGCUUUAUAUUAUAUUUGAAUUCUCCUCAUUUUUAUUGAGGAACACCUGGGUCAAGGGUGGGGCACUGGUUGGAAGAGGGUAAGAUGGACUGUGGGAGAGGAAGUGACGCUCCCUGGGAACAAGGGAGAAAAUCUCCUAUUAGGAAUGUUUUAUAUCUUUUUUAUUUAGAAAGAGUUUUUUGUUAUAUUGUUCUGAGUGUAUUAGAGAGUCUUUACUUUUGUAAAUCUUGUAUGCUCCAUGCUCGGGAUGUUCUAGAUAGGGUUUCCCCUCCCGAGGGGUCUCUGCUCUGCCCAGAUGAUUAUGGCUGAACAGUCGGUUAAGUGGUGCACCUGAAAUGUCAGGGGGAGCAAUUCGCCAGUUAAAAGGAAGAAAAUAUUAUCAAAUCUUAAGAAGGAGAGAGUUGAUAUAGCUCUCCUACAGGAGACACACCUGUCGGAUAAAGAACAUUUAAAAUUACGACAGGGCGGAUUUGAUCAGGCCUUUUUUUCUUCUUUUAACUCAAAGCAGGGGAGUCGUUAUCCUUGUCCGGAAGAAUUUCCCUUUUAAAAUUCUAAAUCAGAUAAAAGACGAAUCUGGACGAUAUAUUUUGAUUAAAGCCCUCAUUAAUGGAGAAGAAUAUGGGAUCUUAAAUGUGUACUGCCCCCCGGCACACCCCUUUAAAUUCAUAACGGAAGCUUUUUCAAAACUGAUGGCCUUUGGUGCCCGUCAUACAAUUAAAGUCUCCCCCUAUAAUUGUAUUAUGGAUCCGGAAACAGACAGGAUUCCCAAGAGUGCCGCUGGAGUGUCUCCCAGAUCUAGACAACUGGCGGAUCUGAAUAAAGAAUUAGGAUUGGUAGAUGUAUGGAGAUGUCUCCAUCCACAGGGUAGAGAUUUUUCUUUCUACUCUAAUCCACAUAAAUGUCACACAAGAAUUGAUAUGUUUUUUUGCCCCAUUGAUUUUUCUAAAUUCUAUAUCAACCUGUAAAAUAGGUACUAUAGCAAUCUCCGACCAUGCCGCUGUAUACAUGGAAACUAAGGUAAAGAACAAUGGGACAUCCGCUCGGCAUUGGCGUAUGGACCCCUUCCUGAUAAAAGAUAGCAAAUUUGUAAAGUACUUCUCCCAAGAACUUAAAACUUUUUUAGAAAUUAAUACAGGUAUGGCUAGCAAUCCGUCAAUGAUGUGGGAGACCAUCAAAGCUUAUGCAUGAGGUUUGAUCAUCUCCUAUUCAGCGACCCAGAGGAAAAUGAAGGGAGAACAACAGCGUCUGCUCGAAGCUCGCCUAAAAGCAGCCGAAACAGCAUACACUGAUAGACCUUCUAUCACAAAAUUGCAGAGGAUUACAGCUCUUAGGACAGCUUUAAACACCGCGCUUACUCAAACGGCUAAAAGGGAAAUAUUAUUUGCGAAACAAAGACUAUAUGAAUAUAGCGACAAACCGGGUAGAUACCUAGCAUUUCUUGCAAAGAAAAAGAAAGCCCCUCAAACUAUUCCAACUAUCAAGGAAAGUCCAGGUACCCUGACUCAUGAUCAUAAAAAGAUCAAUGCGACCUUUAAAGAAUUUUAUUCUGAACUAUAUAAAUCGCAGGACUGCGAAGAUAGGAUUAGGAGGAUGCAGUCAUUUUUUAAAAAAUUUGACCUUCCCGGGCCUGACUCCGGAACAGGUGUCGGCCCUAAAUACCCCUUUAACAGUCCAAGAAAUACUUGAGGCAAUUAGGCAACUUCAGAGCGGAAAAGCACCGGGCCUGGAUGGUUUUCAAGCUGAAUUCUAUAAAGAAUUUACAGGAAUAUUGGCUGACCCACUUAUGGAUAUGUAUAAUUUUGCACAUAGUCAGGUCUGUCUCCCGCCCUCGCUGAAAGAAGCAAAUAUUUCUCUUAUCCUCUAAAAAGGAAAAGACCCAGAAGACUGUACAUCAUAUAGACCAAUAUCCUUACUAAAUGUAGACUUUAAAAUUCUCUCAAAAAUGUUAGCACUGAGACUAGAAAGGGUACUGCCAUACAUCAUAAAGGAGGAUCAGACGGGAUUUAUUAAGGGCUGCAGAUCAUCCAAUAAUAUCAGAAGGGUCUUGAAUAUGAUCUAAGCCUGUCAUCAGGGAAAGAUACCAGGAGUAGUAAUUUCAUUAGAUGCGGAAAAGGCAUUCGAUAGGGUUGAAUGGUCAUAUUUAUUUUACACAUUGGAAAGGUUUGGCGUUGGACAGGUGUUUACCAAAUGGGUUUCAACAUUGUAUAAUGACCCCAAAGCAGCUGUUAUUACUAAUGGGUUAAGAUCGGAUGGCUUCAGUGUGGGUAGGGGCUGCCGUCAAGGAUGUCCUCUCUCACCAUUGUUGUUUACGCUGAUAAUCGAACCAUUAGCAGAAACCAACCGGACUGAUCCUAAUAUAACGGUCCCGAGGAUUGGUACAGGUAAACACAAAAUUACCCUUUAUGCAGAUGACGUUCUCUUAUUCCUCAGUAAUCCUUUAAUGUCAGUGCCUCGUCUAAUUCAAGUUAUUAAUACAUUUAGAGCAUUCUCAGGCUAUAAAAUUAAUUUUUCAAAAUCGGAAGCUAUGCCAAUGGGUGGCCUGGUUAUGAUACCCCACUUAAUGGACGGAUCCCCUUUUCCUUUCCAUUGGUCCCUGGAGGGUUUCUUAUAUUUCGGUAUUUUUAUCACGUCAGUAUUUGGUCAGCUGUAUAGGGCUAAUUUUGUACAAUUAAUGGAAAGGAUAAGGCAGGACCUCCAGCGAUGGAGAGACCUUCCGACGUCCUGGCUAGGUAGAAUAGCAUUACUUAAAAUGAAUGUUCUGCCCCGUCUCUUAUAUCCUAUGAGAAUGCUCCCGCUGAUGCUGCCAAGGCUAGCCCUACGUAAAUUAUAUGGCUGGUUGGGCUCCUUUAUUUGGAACCAUAGACGGCCCCUUAUUAAGCUGAAGAAGCUACAGCUUCCACAGGCAAGAGGAGGACUGGAUUUCCCAGACUUUAGGAAAUAUCAGUUAAGCUCCCUACUAAGUUACAUAGCUGAUUGGGUUUUGUCUGAUCCACAAUCAAUCUGGUUGGAUAUCGAAGCCUCCCAAAUAAAAUAACCACUUAUUAACCUUUUAUUUUCAGAUAAGAGGAAAAUCUUUACAGACCACUGUAAAAAAUCCCAUAAUAUUAAACACAAUUAAGGCCUGGAAUAUAAUGCGGCAAAAUGAGGGUAACUCUCAUAAAACAUCCCCCUAUGCACCAAUAGUAGGCGCAUGGGGAUUCCAACCGGGGAUUACAGAUGCCACCUUUAAACUCUGGAGAUCCAGGGGCAUCUCAUGCUUAGGGGACCUAUUUAAAGAUGGGAUCCUGAUGUCCUUUGAGCAGCUGCGUCUGAAAUUCGGAAUACCUAAUGGGGAUCUCUUUCGAUACUUCCAAAUUCGAGAUUAUAUACAGAGGAAGACUACAUUAAUAGAUAGUUUUUAUAAAUCAGACAGAGAACGUAAUGUCCUACGACCAGCGGGGGUAUCCUCCGUUAGUACUAUAUACCAUUUGCUACAUGAUGGAGUCUCAGGAGACAUGGAUGACCUGCUUAAAACAUGGGAGCAGGACUUGGGGCUAGAAAUCUCUGAGGAUAUGUGGAAUGACAUUUGGGAAAAUGCUAGAAGAAUUACUAUCUGUAACAGAACUCAGGCUAUCCAACUAAAGAUACUUCAUAGGGCUCAUAUAGCUCCGGCUCGACUGGCAAAAUUUAAGGCAGGAGCAUCUCCAUUGUGUCCCAAAUGCAAAAUAGAGGUGGGUACUCUUGCACAUUGUCUGUGGACUUGUCAGAAAAUCCGCAGAUACUGGACUAAAGUAGCAAGUACCCUGACAGAAAUUUUAGGAACGGAAAUUAGGGUGGACCCUGUAUCUCUCCUUUUGGGCUUUUCGAACCUCUCAUCUCUGGAUAUGCAUGGGAAGAGACUAUUUUCUAUUCUCUCUUUCUGUGCAAGGAAAAAUAUUUUGGUGAACUGGGUGGCUGAGGGCCCCCCUGGACUUUCAAAUUGGCACAGAUUAAUUAUGGAAUAUAUCCCCCUUGACUUCCUCACAAAUAUGGUGCCCUGAAAGACUGAAUUAUUUUAUAAAAUAUGGCAGCCCUUUUUGAAUUAUAUAAAUGCAGAUAUUUCGGCUAUCCUAACAAGGGCUUUUAUUUAGUGAAGAUUUCAGACCGGGCUGCUCCGGGGCCCCUUGGGAGAGGAAUCCUGCGCGAAUACGGGUUUUAUUAUAUUUGAUGUUUAUAUAUUCCGAGCAUGUAAGAGACUUAGGUAUACACUCUGGUUAGUUAUAGGUUAGAUUAGUAGAAAGUUGAGUUGUGUUCUUUUUUCUUCUCUCCUUUCUUUUUUUCUCUUUUUUUCUUCUCUUUGUUAAAGUUUGACUAUUGUAUAUAUGAUUUAAUUGUACAUAAAUGUUUGUA